AAGCGCUUUUCUUUCCCGCUUCCCUCCUUUCUUUCUGGUUUUCUGUCCCUAUGGAGCAGCGAUCCCCUGCCCUCGAUCAUGCCUAGGAAAGCGGGGAAUGGGCAGCUCCCCUUACCCGAAGGCUGGGAGGAGGCGCGGGAUUACGACGGGAAAGUCUUCUACAUCGACCACAACACCAAGCAGACCAGCUGGAUCGACCCCCGAGACAGGUUAACAAAGCCAUUAUCCUUUGCAGACUGUGUUGGAGAUGAGCUACCAUGGGGGUGGGAAGCGGCAUACGAUCCUCAGAUUGGUGUCUACUAUAUCGACCACAUAAACCAAACUACACAGAUAGAAGAUCCAAGAAAACAAUGGAGGCAAGAGCAAGAGAAAAUGCUAAAAGAUUAUCUUACAGUAGCACAAGAUGCCCUAAGCACUCAAAAAGAACUGUAUCAUGUGAAGGAACAGAGAUUGGCACUUGCUUUGGAUGAGUAUGUGAGGUUGAACGAUGCUUACAAGGAAAAGUCAAGCUCUCACACAAGCUUAUUCUCAAGCUCCUCUUCUAGCACUAAGUAUGACCCUGAUAUUCUGAAGGCGGAAAUCUCCACUACAAGAUUAAGGGUUAAAAAGCUGAAGAGAGAACUCUCACAGAUGAAGCAGGAAUUACUGUAUAAAGAGCAAGGCUUUGAAACGCUGCAACAAAUUGACCAAAAAAUGUCUGGAGGCCAGAGUGGGUAUGAACUAAGUGAAGCCAAAGCCAUUGUGAAUGAGCUGAAGUCUAUCAGAAAGGCCAUAAGCUCAGGCGAGAAAGAGAAGCAGGAUUUAAUGCAGAGUCUUGCAAAGCUGAGAGAAAGAUUCCUCUUUGACCAAACUAUUGGCAGAUCUGAACCCGAUCUGAGUUGCAGCCCAGCACAUUCUCAGCUCUCCCUUUCUAGACAGACUUUGGAUGCAGGCUCACAGACAGACAUUUCUGGUGAUGUUGGUGUCAGAAAUAGGUCCAAUUUAGCCGAAAAGGUCAGGCUGAGUCUUCAAUAUGAAGAAGCCAAAAGAAGCAUGGCCAACCUUAAGAUUGAACUGUCUAAGUUAGAAAGUGAAGCUUGGCCUGGGGCCUUGGACAUUGAGAAGGAAAAGCUGAUGCUGAUUAAUGAAAAGGAAGAGCUUCUGAAAGAACUUCAAUUUGUCACCCCAUGUAAACGUACUCAAGAUGAAUUGGAGCAUCUGGAAACAGAAAGGAAAAGGCUGGAAGAGGAGCUGUCUGUGAAAAGCACACCGAGUGACGCACUUACAGAACGGUUAAAAUUGGAAGAGAGAAGAAAAACCUUAGUUAAAAAACUUGAAGAAACUACUAAACUAACUACUUAUUUGCAUUUGCAGCUUAAAAGUCUCUCUGCCAGUACAUUAUCUGUAUCAUCUGGGAGCAGCCUGGGGUCCCUGGCAUCCAGUCGUGGGUCUCUGAACACAUCUAGCAGGGGAUCACUGAAUUCCCUCAGCUCUACAGAUCUAUAUUAUAACCAAGGUGAUCAAACCACAGACUUGGACUAUCAGUAUAAACUGGACUUCAUGUUGCAAGAGAAAUGUGGUUACAUUCCAUCGGGCCCUAUCACAACCAUACAUGAAAACGAGGUGGUCAACUCCCAUGGGAGAGUGGGUCAUAGUGAUUCUUCUGGCUCUUCGGCAACAAGCUAUCUCCCCAAAUUAACUGAACCUCCAAAAUCAGUGACCUCCUUGUCUUCAAGAUCCUCCCUUUCCUCCUUGUCCCCUCCUGGAUCACCUUUGGUUUUAGAAGGUGCUUUUUCAGUGCCACCUCAAGACUCUCCAUUGCACCACCUCACAGCAGACUUUGAGGACUGCGAUUUGCCGAGUGAUUUUGCAGGCAUUAGCCUCUGUGAGAACCAAAUCCUGUUGGACUCUGGAAACAGAACAUCUUCUCAGUCUCUUACAGAUGAUAAAGACCUCAGUGAAAAUGUUAGAGAGAUCACGUCACCUUCGAGAAAUGCAGAUGUUGACUUACCAAGAAGAACCAUAGGUCACCUGCUUGAGGAGAAGGCAGGAUGUGUAUCAGCUGCAGUGUCUGAUGAGUCCAUGGCUGGAGACAGUGGUGUAUACGAAGCUUCCUUAAAACAACCAAAUGAUAGCGAAGAAGCUGCAUAUUGUGAAGAUGACGCCACAAUCCUAGAAACUGCUCAAGUGCAGAUCGGACUCAGAUACGAUACAAACAGCUCAAGUUUUGUGAUAAUUGUGGUGCAGUUACAAAACCUGCAUGUCCUUUCUGUUUCCCCUGGCUCCAAAGUGUAUUUUAGAGUUGCAGUCCUCCCUUCCUCAGCUGACAUCAGCUGUCUGUUCCGCACAAAAGUCCAUCCUGCUGCUGAAACUCUUUUGUUUAGUGAGAUGUUCAGAGUUGCCAUUUCCCAAGCAUCCUUGCAUCAGAAGACUUUGAGAGUGGAUAUCUGCUCUGUCAGUAAGACUUGUCGGGAAGAAUGCCUGGCUGGAACGCAGAUAAGCCUGGCAGACUUUUCGUUUUCAAAUGAGACUUCUACUCUGUGGUAUAAUUUGUUGGCUUGCAAGCAGGUUCCUGGCAAGAAGAACAAGGAGCCAAAGGAGGGUCCUAUAUUUGUUCCAGCCAGUCAGUUAUCAGGCUCCUUGGACUUGGAUGCUGUAUCAGCCUUACUAGAAAGAACUUCAGCUGAACUGGAAGCAGUAGAGCAAGAGUUGGCAGAAGAGGAGGAAGAAGAAGAGGAGGAAGAAAAGGAAUCACAGGAAUCACAGAGUGCUGAACAAGAAUGGCUAGGGAUGCUGGCAGAGUCAUCCAGCAAGACUGUGACUGAAGAAGAGGACCAUGUGAAAGGAGCAGAGGGAGGUGCCUGUGCAGAAGAUGACAGCUUCUGUUCCCAAUUGGUAGAAGUGAAUGAAGUCAAGGAGGAAGUAGACGGCAGCCCUGCAGAUGUGUGCUGCAAUGAGCUAGCAACAGUAUCACCCAUGCUGGUCGACAAAGAAACUAACACGGAGGGUGAGAGUGUGGUUGUCCGGCCCAAGGACAGAGCCAGCCUGAAGUCUCAGCAGCAGCAUCCCUUUGUCAGGAACAGCAUGAUUGUCCGCUCACAAACCUUCUCUCCAGGCGAGCGGAACCAGUAUAUCUGUAGGCUGAAUCGGAGUGACAGUGACAGCUCAACACUGGCCAAAAAGUCCCUCUUUGUGAGAAAUGCCACAGAACGGCGGAGCUUGAGAAUCAAAAGGCCUACUUGCCAGCCUAACAUGCGAAGAGCAACACAAGAGCGCCCUGUCCGUACCUCCCUUGACUUGGAGCUGGAUCUCCAGGCUUCUCGGACCCGACAGAGCCGCCUGAAUGAUGAACUGCAAACUCUACGUGAACUUAAAAUGAAACUUGAGGACAUGAAAGCCAGAGGGCAGACAGAGCUUCCUCCAUGUGUGCUGGAGGACGAAAGAUUCCAAAAGCUCUUGAAACAAGCUGAAAAGCAGGCUGAACAAUCAAAGGAGGAAAAAAACCAGGGUUUAAGUGCUGAAAAAUUGAUGAGGAAAGCGUCAAAGGAUGUGUGCCGGUUGCGAGAGCAGAGCCAGAAGGUGCCGCUACAAGUGCAGUCAUUUCGGGAGAAGAUCGCAUACUUCACAAGAGCAAAAAUCAGCAUACCUUCACUUCCAGCUGAUGAUGUCUAACUGUCCCCCCCAUCUCCACAAGGUGUUUUUCUACUUGUUCAUCUUUUUUUAUAUCAAGAUGACAGAUUUUGUAGUAUAGCUACCUGGGUUUAAAGCCUUCUAUUUUACAUCUCAGUUAUUGAUAUUGUUUGUAAAAAACAAAAAAACCAACAACAGUAAAUUGUUCUCCUAUAUGUGUUUUUUUUAAAUGCAAAAAAAACCCCUCUCUCUUCUCCUCUGUGCAAAUUUCCCAUACCAAAAAAACCCAAAGUAGGUUAUUUCUGGUACACUGUUGCUAAUUUUGUAUAGUUUGUAUGUAUUGCAGAUGUGCUACUAUUUUGUAAAGAUGGAUCUAAAGAACAAAGGCAGUACCAAGUAUAUCCUGUUGAACUGCACUGUCAAGAAAUAUUAUGUUCAGCAGGAGCUUUCUUUUCACUGUUAUUUUUUUUCACAAGAGCAGACUGUGAAGAUGGCUGCUAGGCCACGCAAAUAUUUUUGUACAAACAUGUGACUUCUUUUUUUAGCUAGCAACAAAUGAAAGCUCUUCUUCCAAAACAGCAAGGCUGCCUCAUAUAGACAGGUGCUGUUGACUUCUGUCCCCCGGAUUGGAACUUUUAACUAAGAACUCCUGACUUUUUAUAUAUAUGAAGAAAAAGUCCUGUGACAUGGACCUACAGGAGCAUGGUUUUGUGAAUGUACUCGACCUUGGGCUGCACUCAGGUUGUCGAGGUUCCUUGCAUCCGAAAGCAAGGAAAGGCAACGUGUGGUAACCCUCUAACCCUGAAAUGUUUUAAAUUGAACUUACCCAAGGGCAGCUGUUUUCUGAAACUGGACUCAGGUUCAUGCAAAACAUUUUAAACCUGAGGAGUCAAACACUUAACAUAUAAAACUAACACGUCAGUGUAAUGUGUAUGUCUAGCAGAACAGCCAGUAGCCUAUAGGAAUAGUCAAGCGUAUGAAGCCCUAAGAGACUUGUGCAAUUUUUGAAUAAGUGGUUCUUGGCAAAAUGCAUAAUUCGUCUAAGUGCCGAACCUGUUGUUGGUAUAGGAAUGUCUUCUAAAGAGAACUGCAUGAUAUUAGAGCACUUAAAGUUGAGUUUUGGUAAAAGAUUAAAUACACCAUGGAAGCUGAUUCCUAAAUUAAGUGUAGCACAAAAAGAAAUAAUUGUGUCUAUGAAACUAGAAUCUUGGUUUGUUUAAAUAGCUGUUUGUAUUGAUGAAAAGGCAAAAGACAAUAUGAAUGUGCUUUUCAGGGCUGGUACUGGGAAGCAAAAGUUUCCAGUUACUUUUUUAAGCAGCAUAAUGCUGAAAGUGUGUAAGUGGAUGCGUAUAUACUGGCAUAUUCUUUCUGAGUGUCAUCUUGCCACAAUAGCUGGUCUUCACUGAGGUCACAAUAGGGCUUGGCUAGUAGAAGUAAUCAUUCUGGCUACUGUGAUGUCACAAUGGGUUUGCCACAGGUAUGGCUUGGAGAUCUUCCAGAAUUACUUUUUUAAGCAACAUAACGCUGAAAGUGUGUAAGUGGAUGCGUAUAUACUGGCAUAUUCUUUCUGAGUGUCAUCUUGCCACAAAUAGCUGGUCUUCACUGAGGUCACAAUAGGGCUUGGCUAGUAGAAGUAAUCAUUCUGGCUGCUGUGAUGUCACAAUGGGUUUGCCGCAGGUAUGGCUUGGAGAUCUUCCAGAAUUAUAAGUGAACUACACGGGUCGUUUUGUAGAAAAAUAGGUGGUGGAACUCAUCCAGGGAUUGUUAUGCAGCUGUACCUACUAUUCAGUAGACAAGGUGGGAAGGAGGAGGUGGAACUCUCAGAAAGGUUCAAGAGCUCCCGCUGAAUCCUAGGCCUGGAGCUACAGACCACAGAGAUCAGUUCCCCUGGAGAAAAUGGGUGCUUUGCAGGGUGAACUCUAUGGCAUUAUACCCUGCUGAGGCCCCACCCCAAACCCUUUUCAUCCCUGGCUUUACUUUCAAAUCACCAGGAGUUUCCCAAGCCAAAGUUGGCAACCUUGUAUCAUAGAGUGGCUGAGCAGUCCAGGGCAAGGCAGUUGAUUGCCGAAGAGGAUCGGAAGACCUUAGAAUUUGAAUUCUAACUUCUUGCAAACUUGCAAAAUUACAACAGCCGUUCUGUUUUCAUUGUAGUUCAUAAGACUGAACUGUAAGCCACAGAGGUUCUGCUUGAAGGGCUUUUCAGUUACACCUUGGGAGUACAGAUUGGUUGAAUCAUUUGAUCAGCACAAGAGGAUGACACUUGCUGCUUAGAUAUGUGACAUAUACAGAAAAACACACCUACAUGUGAAAUCGAGGGAGAAAACAAGAAGCUGCUUGAAUACUGUCCCUGCUGGAACCAGCAAAAUAUUAUAUGGUUAGGCCCACCAGGAUACAGGAUUUUCUUUUGCUGGGAUGUCAUUGCCUUGUUGAAAGAUCAGGAAAACAUAACUACAAUAUGUUUGUUGCCAUCUUCAGAACAACUGGUGUAUUUUUAAAACACACACCCACACACCUGUGCCUUAAUUUUUUAAAAUGUAAAUUUCCUCAGAGGGUUGUCUUGUUAUGCACAAGUCUGUGUAAUUAUUCAGAUCCUGUAAACAUGACUUCAGACAUGGAGGCAGUUAGGGAAAUUAACUGUGUUUGGUACUUCAUGGAUCCCCUUUACUGUUUUACAUAUAUUUUAGAACUAGUUAUAAGCACACACAUGCCAUUCGUUGUGAUGAGGUCAGUCUCUAAAAGCUAAAAGUUUUGAAAUUAUUUAAUAUAGAAAUGAAGGUUGACUGUCUCAGCUUCUCAGUUUUGACACUAUAAAAUGUUCAUAGAUUUGAUGUAUAGAGUUGUACCUUAUGAUUUAUUUAUUUUCAGUCUUAUUUAUGUUACCGUUUAAUAUAGUUCAGUUCUGGCCAUUUAAAUUUGCAGGUUUAAAAAAACAACUGUAAGAAAGAUUAUACAGCUUUCUUGAUUCUUGGCAGGCAACCUGUUUUAUAUAGAGAGACACAAGUUAAAUGAAUUUCAGAAGGGGACUAAAAAUGGAUUUUCUCCAGUAACCCGUAGAUUUUGGCAAAUAAUAUCGUUGGCUAUUUAUGAGACUUUUUCAUUUUUUAAAUGAGAGAGAUCUUCCAUGCCUUAAUAUGCCCGGUUACUACCCAAGGGUACACAUAUAACUCAAAAAUACAUUUUAAAGAGUUCUGGCUUUUUAAAAAACUGGCCCAGGUAUUUUACAGUGAUAAAACAGCAUGCCAAUUUUUUUUAAUCAAUAUGGACAAAUUCCAGUCUAUACAGAUACCACAUUUAAUGCAGGAUGUUAUUCUUCAAGGAACAGAAGAAUUAUAACAAACAUCUUUCAUGAUCCCAUUAUCAGUAUAUUAGUGCAGAUAUGCUUGCUAAAUUUUAAGUAUUACAGGUACAAGGCAAUAUUAUUGUUUAGCCAAAUGAACAAAAGUAUAGCAAAUUGUUUAUAGGAUGAAAAUGAGAUUUCAACUUUUUAUCUUGUUACAAUUAAGUAUAAAAUGCUCAGGACUGAACUAAAUAUUUAAUCAGGUUAUAUCACGAAUGUCUUUCUUUGCUAAUAUUGUCUAUAAAUGUACACAUGUACAUCACCUAGAUUAACUUUCAUCUCUGCACUUUCCAUGUGUUUCAAUGAUUUGGAAAAAAAAUACAUUUUUUUAACAAA